AUGCCCGCAACCCCAUCCAAAAAACUUCGCACGCGAAAAGACUACCCAUUCCAACUGGAGUACAGAACUCGAUGGUCGGACAACGACAUGUAUGGCCAUUUAAACAACAGCAUAUACGCCUUCCUCUUCGAUUCAAUUAUCAACACGUACCUUAUCUCUCACUGUGAUCUUGAUCCAACUCAUGAGAACAAAUCUGCCGACACGCACAAUCAAAUCGGACUUGUGGUGUCAUCUUACUGUGACUAUUUUGCCUCCGUCGGGUUUCCAGAUCUGUUAGAUCUGGGUCUCAAGGCAGUCAAACUUGGCUCUUCCAGCGUCACGUACGAAGUUGGUGUUUUCAAGAGAGGCGAGGAGGCUGUCAAAGUCGUUGGUGGGUUUACCCAUGUCUUUGUGGACAGGGAGACGAUGAGACCUCGAUCCGGUAGUGGGAUGCAUGAUACUAUCAGGAAGGGACUGGGGAAAUUGUUUGUUGCGGAUGGGUCAAAAUUAUAA